CAGAUGAUCAUAUAAUUUAAGGCGGAAGACGUUGUACGAGAUCAGUUGCACUGGAAAUGUUAAGGUUUCUACUGUCUAGUGUGGCGUUCAAGUGUAGGAAUAAAGAUGAAAGAUGAAAGAGCAUCAAAUCAGAAAGAAAAUAUCCCAAGAGUAGUCAAGGCAACCUCAGAUGUGAAGAUCGAGGGCGAGGUUAUCAUCCUUUGCAGUUUUAUGGUUGGCGGGGUUUAACCUGCACGGACAGUCUUAAACGAUGAAUGAAACUUUUCAGUUACAUUCAUGUCGUGAUUCGAAAAAAAUUUCAAAUAUUCUCAUGAUUGCUAUAGUCAUGAUUUUAUCUAUAGUUGGAAACGGCAUAAUUUGCCUCUUACUUAUCAGAUUUAAAACUUUGAGAACAGUGCCCAACAUCCUCAUCGCUAACUUAGCUGCUGUUAACAUUCUCAAUGCACUAACUAACAUGCCUCUUUUCAUCUUGUGGUACAUUUGUAAAGUGCCCUUCCUUAAGGGUCGUUUAAUCUCCUGGAUACUGGUCACAUGGUAUGUAUUUUUUGUAUACCUUACCGUGUUCAACCUAACGGUGCUGGCGAUGGACCGUUUUGGGGCUAUUGUGCACGGUUUACAUUACCAUGUAUGGAAAACAAAGAAAAAAGCCAAGGUAGCGGUACUGUUUGUAUGGCUUUUCGCGGCCUUAUACACAUAUGGCAUGUUUACAAUUGGAUUGGAUAUUGAUUUAGGCGACGCUCCGGUGCUGCUUUACAGGACGACCUACUUAGAAAUUUUCGGGAGACACUUCAUCAUCCCUGGAAUUUUGGUUCCAUUCUUUUUAAUGCUCACUUUAGGAGUGGCCAUUUGGGUUAAGGUGCGUAGUCAUAAAAAGCGUUUGUUGACUUUCUUCUCCGUAAACAUUCAAAUCGAAAACGACGUGAAGACCGCGAAGACAGUUGGUGUAACAGUGUUGGCGUUUUUCUGUAUGAAUGUGAUACCAAUGUUAUUACACAACAUAGUGAGAAGCCACGGUAGCUGGCCUCACUUCCUCGCAUUCUUUCUCAUGAAACUGAACUGCAUGGUGAAUCCUAUCAUUUAUGCUUUAAAGGCUCCAAGGUUCCGCAGAGCUCUAGUACUCUUAUUAAAGGAACCACAUGGCAAGUCGGAACCCAAUAUGAAUUCGCGGAUCCUCAACAACCUUAGCUCAACGGCAAGUAAUUGGACCUUAAAGACGGAAGAAACUGACAUUGAGGACACAAAACUCUAAAUCUCAUGAUGAAUUUUCCAACCCUCGUUUAGUUUUGUUGAAACAUGCCCUUACCCUCCCAAUAUUUUUUCAUAAAAUCCAAUUUUUCUGUCAUCAACUUUGAGCAGGGGGGAAAAGGAAAGUGUCCCCACAAUUGUGAUAAGGAUUUUGGCUGUUCUUCAGUGAAGAAGCAUUUAGUUUUACAAAUGCAUUGAAAUAGAAGUAAAGACAACAACGUUAAUUAACUUGAUGAUGAUUGAUAGUAAUAACAAUAAUGGCACAAAGCAACGGACUCAAAAUGUUUUCAAAUGAAGUACCCCAGAAGAUAAGGGGUGAGAAGAUAAGAAAAAUUGCUUGUAACCUAACCUACAUAAGAACAAUUUAUUCCCACAAAACUAGCCACUAGUAGUGUAAUUUUACAAAUACAUGUAAGAUAGCUUCAGUUAUAUUAAAAGAUUAACUACUCUAUAUUUAAAUAUAGAGCGAAUAUUUAAGAGAAAUAAUUCUAGUAACAGCUACCUGAUUUCAGAAUGAAAUGGUUUUACUAGCCCUUAAAUGUUUUCUUAUGUUUUAGAGUGACCAGACUAUUUUUCCGUAUUCUGAUUGCGUUCGGACCAGAAUACUGUAUAACGUUUUCAAGGCUGUUGCCUCUAAGUGGCCUUUUAAGUUCAUUUUGUCAGGGCGAGCAUUUUACUUUUCUUGAGCAGGCAAGGCACUUGGCUAAAACUAAUUUUCUAUUAUCUUUCAUAGAUUAAAAUAAAAUGUCACAUACGGGAGACAGACUCUCCAGACAAUCUAGAACUUGGUUUACAUCGCACACUGCAGUAUAUCGAGCCAUGGCAGGGUGAGAUUCCAAUACUCCCCUACGAAACCUAAUGACUAUGAGGUGGAAAUCCACGUAUUGAGGGGAGUGUAGAUGUAAGUGCUGAGCGGGCAGUGUUAAUGCUACUGUAGCUAAGCCCAUCAUUAAAUAACAUCAGUAAAAAUUCUAUAACUUGGCCUAAAGAGAAACAAUCUGAACUAAACUCUUCUUUACGAAGAAGUUAAGCCAUCUUUUUCGGUAGGAUUAGUACUGACUUGUACCUUUCCCC